UCCCGACUCUUGACUUAUCAUGUGAGCGAUGGGGGCAGCACAGAGGGAAAUAUGAUUUCUGGAGGAAGGGGCAGCGGGAUUCGGGCAGCACCCUAGGCCUGCGCCCGAGGACUCAUCGUCAUCUCACAAGGCAUCUCUGUGUCUCCCCUCCCUUGCAAAAUUCCUCCACACCCAUUUCGAAUUGUCGUGACGACUUGCGCGAGAGGUCGAGAAUCAGGUCGCGGCGCUGUGAGUGUGAGUGGGUUUUUGAGGGAUGUCACGGAUUUAAGCGGAGAGGCGAUUGCUUGAUUGUGUUGAGUUGUGUUUUUAAGAAUAAGUGUGAGGGGGGAGAGAGAGAGAGAGAGAGAGAGGGAGAGAAGAGAGGGAGAGUUGGAUUUUGGGGGUGAGUGGGGGAAGAGGGCGCCAUGUCGAAGGCGCAAGUGAAAACCAAGUAUGAUGCGGCCGCCAAUGCGGCCACGGCUACUCUGUCGUUCCCUGUGGGCGAUUUGAAGCUCAAGGCCACCUGCGCUGAUAGUACCAUCGUGCCAGGGGAGGGACUCAGUUCACGCGGCGUCGCUCUUGGUGUUGAGAAGCCUGGCACCUUCAUGAUCGAUUACGACAUGCACACGCAGGCUCCCAGAUUUCAAUUUAUGGCUGGGGCAAAUAUUGCUAAGAAGCCGUUGAGGCUGACGUACAUUCAUGCUCAAAAGCGCAACAUGACGGUAUUGGAAGGGAGUGUUUCUAUAGAUACGCGGAACAAAGUAACUGGGAAAUACAGUUUUAACACAAAUAAAGGAUCAUUGAAGUACACGUACGUACAUGGAAGCGGAGCUACAUUGGAGCCUUCGUAUGAUUUCGGGACUGAAGCUUGGCACUUUGCCGCGUCUAAGAAGGUCGGCCCACACGAUCAUGCUCGCUUCUGUUUUGAUGCUCAGCAAAGCACCGUCGGUAUAGAGUGGACACGAGACUCGAAGGAGUAUGGUCAAUUUAAGAUUACAGCCACAGUACCUACUGAUGCUUCGAAGACUCCCAAGCUUGUAGCUGAGAAGACGUGGACCGUCGACUUUUGAGCUUGAGUGCAGAUUGCACGAGAAUUGGUUGUUACUAAUCGGCUUUCAUAGCAUCCAUUUGACAUCAGGCGUUCAAACAUUCAUUUCCCUAAGUAGUUCAUAGUGCGCAUUUUGAUGUCUGAAUGUUGUAAGAGCAUAGAGAUCUUCUUCUUCUUCUUCUUCUUCUUUUUUAUUGUUUUUACAUAUUGAUGCUCUGCCCAUUUCUAAGUUGAUGUCUUCAGUCGUUGGUAGUUUAUGAUCCUCAUCAUCCAUUUACUAGCAACCAUUCCCUGCCGGAAUGUGUCAGAUCCUGGAAUGUAGUGGUGUCGAAGUAUUGUAAUUCAUGGUGGGGGCCGCAAGCAGACAUUGUUUCUUUGUUUUGUGUAGUCCAUGUGGAAGUUUUAGACAGUGCCAAAAGGUUCUCUGAGGGUUUCUAGCGGCUGAGUGAUCAAUACAGCCUGGAGAAAUAAUUUGCUGAAAUCCUUGUCUUCAAGUGACGAAAUGGACUCUGAUUGGAAAAUCCUUCGUGUUCAAGUUUUCUUUGCGAUUGCUGGUAUGCCAAGUGCACCAAAAAAGGAAUCUUGAGAGAAUGAGCCUUCGUCCUUUUCCAUUGUACUAGAGCAACUACAGCCAAAUUGAAGUGAGUAAAAGUUUGGUUGUUUAGCGUGCAAAGCGUUCCAAGA